ACGUCAAAGGUCCCUCAAGCCCAUACCCAGAUCAGCAUCAAGGUCUCCCUCAAGAGCUCUGAAAUGAAAACAACAGGAGAGCCCACCCCCAGCCUUGGGCAGACCCUGGAGUGGCUGAGAAAGGAGCUGGCUGAGAUGCAGGUUCAAGACCAGCAGCUUCUUCUCACACUGAGGCAUCUUCACAGUGUCCUGGCAGAGCUUCAGGCUCAGAGUGUGCACUGGGACGAUGCCAGGUCCAGCAGAGGAGCAUCUCCCAUCCGGGCUCGAGCAGGCUCCGAAGGCAAGGGCUGCCAGCCUGUCUCCUUGAGGGGACUGGCCCAGAUCCUCCGAGGGGAAGAGAGUAGACGAAGCUCCCUCCCUUAA